AUGUACUCCGGUUCGUCGUCGGCCGCCGGCGGGUCGGCCCGGAGGAGGCAGGACCAGGCGAGGGCGCAGGCGACGAACGGCGGCCUUCAGCAGCCGGACGUGGUCGCCGGUGAGGAUGAAGGUUCGCCGGAGCUUGUGGAGGGGGAAAGUGAGCGGCGGGGACUCGACGGCGCGGGACUUGCCGAUCAGAUCCCAGUAGAUCCGGUCGAGGCCAUCCGGGUCGGCAACGGUGGAUCUGUCGUAGUACGGAGUCAGCUCGGCGGCGCUGGCUCCACCGGUGCCGAGCUUGUUGGCGGCAGCCCAGGAUUUUAUGAACCGGACGAUGGAGCUGGCGUCGCCGGCGGCGUGGUGGUUGGUGAAGCCGAGGCAGAGGCCGUGGCCAGGGAAAAGGGUGACCUGCAGGGAGAGGGCCGGGAUGACGACCUCGUUUUCCGAUCGGGUCGCCGGCGGGAGCUCCGGGACGAAGGGAUAGAACUCGUCGGAGAGGCGGGGGUGGUCGCCGGUGAGGUGAUCGAAGUCGGAGUAGCACUCGGCGACGGUGAGGGGGACGGAGUCGCCGGGGGAGAAGCGGAUGGAGGGACGGCCGGCGUCGUCGAGGGGGUGGACGAUUUUUCCGGCGAGGGGGAGGAAGCGGGCGAGGGCGUGGGCGAGGGAACGGCGGAGUUCGGGGACGAGGGAUUGGAGGAAUCGGGUCUUGGAGCAGGGGGAGUCGAAGAAGAGGAGGCGCUGGACGCGGUGGAAGUGAAGCCAAGUUAUGUCGAAGUGGACGAGGGGAAGGGUCAUAUCCGGUGCCGGCGCAGUUUCCGGCGACGGGUGGACUUUGAAGAGGUCGAGGACGGUGGCGGGCGCCGGGGACUCUGCCAUGGGGAAAUGUUUGACGGGAAAAUCUAA